GAUGCCUUCAUAAGUAUUUCAAAUUUAUAAUUAUUAUAUUAUUAUAUUUUGACUUAAUUGUGCGGCUCGAAUUCUACCUGCCGAAAUUCGGGAAGUACUUUUCCUACGUGUACUAAUGCAGCAUUCCCCGGACAUCUAGCUUACCGGUGCACCUUAACCCAUCCUAUGCGCUGUCCUAGUCCUCUACGACAAUGCAGUUAGUAUGGCGCGUGUUUACAAACAAGCUGCCACAAAAGUUGUCACGUGGGCACACUUGUCGCCGUACUCCGUCACCUCUUCCAUGGACAGCAUGUAGCUCUACUGACCCAUUUCUCUAACAAACGUCUCCGUUUGAAAACUCACCUGCCCUCACCUUAAUAAUGCAAUCGCUCCGUUGGUCGAAGGGGGAGGGGCUGCAGUGGAGCUCCUAUUAAGGUUGCCGUUUCCUUCCUGUUCACUGUCCCCCCCCCCUCUUUCACAUCAAUGAGGGGAGGAGAAAAGCGAAGCCGAAGGGACGGCUGCUCUUUGGCGAUGUGCGCAUCCCAGUGUGUGUGUGUGUUUUUUUUUCCUUCCUCGAUCUUCAUUGACUUCAUCGCAUUUACUAGCGGUCCGGAUGGGGGGGUGGGGUGGUGAUGGUGGGACAGCUCUCCGCUCGGUCUCCAAUCCCCUACCUCUACCUGUUCCUUUGACAUCGCGUACAAAUUAGCCCUGCCUCCUGACACUUGUUGUUUCUCCUCCGGUCGUACGACGGAGGUGGCCGAUGAUCCUUCUCUUCUACACCUCCUCCCGAUCUCCGCUCCUGGAAUGAGCAGCUCCAGCCCCAGCGCCGUUUCCACUCCAGCAUGGGAACCGCUGUGUCCAAACGGAAGAACCUGAGGACCGACGCGAUAUCCUCCGUGGCAGCCAAAGUUCGAGCAGCCAGAGCAUUUGGAGAGUACCUCUCUCACAGCAACCCAGAGAACCACAACGGAUCAGACCACCUGCUGUCCGACACUUUAGUGGUCCAAGACUCGGAAUCGCCUGACGCGGCCUGUCCCCACGGCAACAGUCUCCACCCUCAGCCGCGCCCCUCCCAGGUAGUGCAGCCCAGCCCAGAGAAAGAGGAGCAGCCAGGCAACUCGCAACUGAACGCGUCCCUGCGGCGCCCCCUACCACUAGAUCGAAGCUUCUCCAUCGAGGAGCAGCAAGAGAAGCGGCCCGAGGGCACUGUCCAGUCGCCCCGUGUAUACACCAUCACUGGCGAAGGAGGCAUGUUGGGAGAUCGAGGCAGUGAGGAGAGCCUGGAGCUGGAAGUACUGAAGGGGAGCCAAGAGGCGGGGCCCCCUUCAAGCCAAACCCCAGCUCUGGCUAACGCUGCCCUCCAGCAGGGGCGUGGCCACCAUCGACCCACCCACAACCGGCCCACCCAUCACCGCAGCCACCACCAUCACCACGGCAACCAGCCAUCGCAGCCCCUGCAGAGCUCGGGGAGCGACCACAACAUCCGUGAGUGGGCAGUCCGCAGGGCGGGGUCCCGGGAGGAGCAGAGCCCUGACUGCGAGGCCUGCUGCCGCCCGCCAUCCCACAGCCAGCGCUCGUUGGACUUGGACAGCUGCCCACGAGAUGGGGGCCGGCAGCGCCGCAAGCUGGAGAGGAUGUACAGCGAGGACCGCGUGUCCGCCGAGGACAGAGAGGACACAGUGAACAGCUGGUUCCCCAAGGAGAACAUGUUCAACUUCCAGACGGCGACCACCACCAUGCAGGCGAUAUCAAACUUCCGGAAGCACCUGAGGAUGGUGGGCAGCCGGAGGAUGAAAGUUCAGAGCGGGGACCUGCAGUCUUCCUCAGGGGCUUUGAACGAAGAGAUCUGUGAAGACCUGGACUGGGAGCAGGAGAGGGAGGUGGAGAGGGCAGACUGCCAGGGAGAUGACUUCAUCCCCCCAAAAAUAAUGCUGAUCUCCUCCAAGGUCCCAAAGGCAGAGUACAUCCCAAACAUCAUCCGGCGGGGUGACUCAUCCAUCAUCCCCAUCCUCUACGACCAUGAGCAUGCCACGUUCGAUGACAUUCUGGAGGAGAUAGACAAGAAGCUGACUGCUUACCGGCGAGGCUGCAAGAUCUGGAAGAUGCUAAUCUUCUGUCAGGGGGGGCCCGGGCAUCUGUACCUGCUGAAGAACAAGGUCGCCACGUUCGCGAAGGUGGUAAAAGAGGAGGACAUGAUUAACUUCUGGAGGCGCCUCAGCCGCAUGAUGAGCAAACUGAACCCGGAACCGAACCUGAUCCACGUCAUGGGCUGCUACGUCCUGGGCAACGCCAACGGAGAGAAGCUUUUCCAGAACCUGAAGAAUCUGAUGAAGCCAUAUUCUGUGGAGUUUAAAUCCCCGCUGGAGCUGUCAGCGCAGGGCAAGGAGAUGAUUGAGACUUACUUCGACUUCCGCCUCUUCCGCCUAUGGAAAGCCCGCCAGCACUCCAAGCUGCUAGAUUAUGAUGACCUCAUGUGACCCACUCGUCCAGCACUUAUUGGUCCCACUUUAAAACCGUCCCACUUAGCCGGGACGCCGUGAAACAGAGCCCCCGGCAACGACGAAGCUGGGGGGGAUAAGAGGCGAGAAGGGGAGUGCCCAUUAGCUAGCCCCUCCCCCUUUUAGAACUCUCGGCCAAUGAAGCCACAGCCUCGCUCAAUGUGAGGCGGGAGGUGUGGAAAUGGGCCCUGGAGGUGCCUCGGCAACAUUUCGGGGGUGGAGACCCCAGGAGAGCCAGGCAGCAGGAAAGCAAGUCCGCUGGGUUGGAAACGGACAACAGUCUAGGAGCAUCGCUCUCCGCAUACGCUUGAUUCUUCCUCAAAGAGACGGCAAAGACUGCAGUCUUUAGGCCGAUUAUUUGUAUGGACUUUUUCAAGGAGGAAGACCACUGAAAUGUAUACAUACCUUAAAAACAUACAGUAUAUCAAUAGUUAUAUGACUAUUCUGUAUUUAAGCUGUUUGGUUUUAUAGUCUUACUGUAACGGUAUUAGUCACAGACUCCUUUGAAAAUCUCAGGUUGACCAAACCUUUUCUUGAUCGUGCCCAAUGUGAGCUCCGGGUUCGAGAUGCAGAGCAACCAAGCCAAUCUGAGAGUCCGGCCUAGGGGAGUCAGGCCUAGAGGAGUUGUUUUGGUGUGCGUGUGUGUGUGUCUGUGUGUGUGUGUACAUAUAUGCAUUUCCUGGUUUCUCAGCACUCUGAUUGCAGUUUGAGCAGAUUUCCAGUAGGAUUUAAACAUGCUUCCCAGUGCUUUGACUGGGGCCUGAUGUGUCUUGAUGAUUUUCCAUUAUUUUUCUGCAUAUUAGCCAAACCCAUUCUUACUAAUGGGUGAUUCACGUCAUGUCCUUUAGAGAAUGUGGCAGUAGCAGAAGCACCCCCAGGGUUACGGGGGUGGCGUUGUAGUGAUAGCUAUAUAGUCAUUUUGUCAUGCAUGUGUUUUAUGCCAGUUUUGGGUCAGAAUUCCUAACAGGGGACAAUUGGUAGAGUUGGAAAAAAUAAAUACAGAGUCGCCUUAAGCUUGGUCCUCAGAGCUCCGUAGUGUUAUUAAUCUGCGUCUAACCUAAUCUUUCCAAAUGGCUGAGGGAGUGUUUGGGUUGGAUGAGGCUUCAAAACCCACGAUUGGUGAACUUAUGGACGAUGUUCUCUGUCUGCUAGUUUGCUCCUAGGCUGUGAAGCCUCUUGUUCCCUGGUUGUUUUUUUGCUUCAGUGUCUCAGACUGUACUGGGUGAAUAUCAGGUUUCCUUUGCCCUUAUCACCAAGCCUGCUUUCUCACACUGACUCAUAGCUGUCUGCAUGCCACAGGCCCCAGUAUUAAGCACCCGGUGACCCAUUAGCCCAUAGCAUCAUAGCGCUGUGGCGAUCGUCACUUCGACUGAACUCCAACUUCGACUUAAACUUUGCUGCCCAAAAAGUCACCAAUUAAGAUUUAAAAAGGGGCUUGUCUGCUGGCUAACAUACUGUAGCCUCACAGCUUUGCCUCGGAAUGUUCGGGAACUUGGCAUGUUCUUCAGGUACUAUACCGUUUCCUUCCACAGUUCAAAAACAUGCAGUUAGCCCAACUGGUAAUUCUAGAUUGCCCAUAGCAUGUAAAUAUGUCUACCUAGUGAUGGACUGGCCUGACAUCCAGGGUGUUCCCUGUGCAUUGUGGGAUUGAUCCCACGCUCAGUGCAGCCCUGUGCUACGUAAGCAUUUACGCAAGACGACGAGGCGUUGCUUUAAGUUCAGUAAACUAAUUAGCAAUUUUACAUAACAGAAUGAUUCAGAUCUACAGAAAACAGGAUUAAUAUGAACAAUGAGGGCUGGUGAGGGGUCAUCAUGCAGGGAUCUCCUGGAUGUGGCUCAGCUCAUUGCGAUUGGAGCUCUGAUUGCCUUCAGCUUUUGACUCUGUGUGUGUGUGUGU